AUGCAGUUAUUUACGCUUUGGAAAUGUAUCUUCGGUCCUAAACUUCAUCAAACGUAUCCAUUAGCAAUAUCUUCACCGGCUACUCGCGCUGAUCGACAACCUGACCAUAUAUACGUUAAAAACAUAGCCGAAAUGAUUAGCGAUAGAGUUCUUUUUAUGCUUAGAAUGUUUAUUGAAAUACUUCGAACAGUGUGGCCAUUAUAUUUACUAUAUUCAUAUUACAGAGGAACAUUAACAUUUGCAAAUAGCGUAUCAUUUGUUCGAGUGGCAAGCUUUUUUAUCAUUGUGCCCAUCUAUUUUAUGAUAUUACGAGGUAUUGGUCGUUUUGUAAAUCCAGUUUAUACAAAAUUUCUUAAUGAUUUUUCGGAAAUAAAAUACGACUCAACAAAAAAAGCUCGUCAAAAAUUUUUAGCAAAAUAUGAUUUUUCUCUUUCGCAUUGGCAACCUGACUAUAGAGUUGAAUCAUAUUCAAUUCGAAAAUUACCUUCGAUAUCAACAACAAAAACUGACUUUACUAACCAAACAGAAGUAACAUUAAUCGAACAAGUAUUACAUUAUCCAUUUCUCUUACUUGGCUAUGUUUGUGUUAACUUAUUUGGUCGUCGGUUAAUGUUUCCUGGCAGUUUAGAAAUUCUUCGCUUUAUGCAGUACCGUGCUUUACUUGAUGGACGCAGCAAUUUAAUUGUUUCCUAUCAUGCUAAACGCCGUAUAUUACGUACAGCUGAUGGAAAUAAUAUUGAUACAAUAUUUGUUGAUGCACGCUCAAUAACUGGCAGACAAACAUUGGUUAUUACAUGUGAAGGUAAUGCAGGUUUCUAUGAAGUAGGUUCGAUGAUGACGCCAAUCGAAGCCGGCUUCUCUGUACUUGGCUGGAAUAGACCAGGAUUUGGUGAGAGUUCGGGUUAUCCAGGUGCUCUCUCGGAAGUAAAUGCAAUCGAUGCAGUCAUACGUUAUGCUAUUGAAGAACUUCAUUUUCCUAUUAAUGAUAUAGUAGUAUUUGCUUGGUCUAUUGGUGGUUAUGCUGCAAACUGGGCAGCUGUAAAUUAUCCAAAUAUUCGUGGUCUUGUACUUGAUGCUAUCUUCGAUGAUGUGUUACCACUGGCACAACGACGAAUGCCAACAUUUAUAUCGAAAUUUGUUGAAAAAACGAUCCGUAAUUAUCUUAAUUUAAAUAAUAUUCAAUUGAUUAAACGUUAUAAUGGACCAUUUUAUCUUGUACGUCGUACAUUCGAUGAAAUGAUGAAUCUUAUACCGGCUAAAGUAUCAACGAACUGUGCUAAUGAAAUUCUAUUUUCUAUUUUACCACAUCGUUAUCCAUUUAUUUAUAAUGAUGCUCAAAUGUUGACACUUAUGAAACGAUAUAUUUGUUUAAAAAAACUUAAAAAAAAAAAAUUACUCGAUCAAUAUUGUUCAGAUACCGAUGCUUUAAAACGACAAUGUGAAAGAUAUCGAGUAGAACAUCCUGUUCGAUCAUAUCCUUGCAAUUUUGGAGAAAAUUUUUCGAUCGACGAACGACAAUCUUUUGCUAUUUAUUUAGUCAAUCAAUAUUUAGUCGAUUUCGAUGCCCAACAUUGCACACCAUUGCCAGUAACUCUUUUUCAUUUGCCAACCCGAUGUGUUUAA